GCGUUGGGUCCUGGGAAAACACACAUUUGGAUUCUUGGAUUGCGAGGAAAACGCGACAUUGAUUGCUUUUGAGAGAAGGUACUCCAUCCUAAGCUUGACAGGGAGACCGGUGGAAUGUGAUAAUCUAACAACCUCGCGCUUCCAAAACAGCCACCUCGUUUGACCCCUCCUUCAUUCGACUGCUCCCCGGGGUGUUGGGAACCCUCCGUCGUACCAAUCCCGACAGUAUCGCCGCACAUGUCUCUAUCAAUGUUUCCUAUCGGGGUGCUAUUCCGCGGCACUAGUUCCACAAUGCCGGGGACUUCGCUUGUAGCGGCAUCGAGAAUAUUGGGUUCGACCAGGUCGCAAGCCGAGGCGAUAACGACUCCCUCGAGUCUACGGCCAGGCUAUCUCCUGAGAAGAUCCUUUAGUACUCCGAGACCAGUAAAUGCGAAUCGCCAAACCUCGAGGUUCAAGCGGGCCGGCGCCUCGUCAGCAGGAACACCAACUGGCGCUGCGGGCGAGGGUGGUCAUGUUGGCUCCGUCACUUCCUCUCCUCUAGCCUCUGCUCCAGAGUCUCUUCCUAUCGCCAGUGCUAAGUCCGCAUCGCCCUUUCCAUAUCGGCGACUAUCUCCCCAGAAACCAAAACCUUCGGAUCCGUCGAGCAAGGAGUAUAAGCAAACCGAGAGGAAGGUUAUCUCGAUAAUCGUGGGGCUGCCGGUUCUGUUCGUCACGUCGUAUUAUCUCUAUGACAGACUGUCUCCAUUCCUUGCUCAGCGCUUAUCCGCUGCACAGCAACAACACCCAGAACAGCGCAGCUGAGAGAUGACCAGGCGUCGCCAGCUGAUUGAGACGAACCUGGAAGGAUGAAUCCCAAUCCCAGGCCGAAACUCAUAGAAUCACUGGUGUUAACGUCGUCAAGACAUGGUCUCUUGAAUGGAUCAGCUGGCAGCGUCGUUCGCUUGCUGAAUGCGCCGACGCUUCACUGCUGGUCGUGUACUCCUCGAUGCGUAAGACUGGGCUAG